AUGUUUGAUAUUCUUAAAGAAAGAGUUGGAAGUCAAGAUGUGGAUGGUGUGAAGGGAUUUUUCAAGGAAAAGUAAGUAUAAUGUGAUUAUAAACCUUCUUUUUUCAGUAAAUUGUCGGCGGAUAUAGGGAAGUUGAAGCUGGAAGAGUUUCUUAAAACCAAAUGUUUGUCGCUCAUCAGUGAAGGGGGUGAUAUUGAGAAGCUUCGAAGUUUACUCGCUUUUAUUAUUGUCUUGUGUCGAAAUGGUAAGGACUUUAUAUUAUUCUUGAUGCUUUGUUUUUAGAUCUCUGUCCGAAAGCUAUUACUUGUGCCAUAAUGCAAGACGUAUUCGAGACUAGCUCGACGAAGCGAUGUUUAGAACUUUUUAAUCUAGUGGAAAACCUGAUUGUCACUUGGAAAGAGGUAUAAUUUAGAUUCUGCUUAAUUUUUUUGUAUCUAUUGUUGUUACCAUUACUUCCCCUUUUAGCCUUUCUUUUUUGAUGCCUGCAAGAAUCAGAUUCUCCGGAUGUGCAAUGAUCUCUUAAAGCGACUCUCCAGAACUUUGGAUACAGAAUUUUGUGGACGAAUUUUUAUAUUUCUGGCGAAAACUUUGCCUUUAGAAGAGAAAUCGGGUCUAAAUUUGACAAGCCAGUUUAACUUGGCAAACGUUACUCUUUAUGAGGAGAAGAAGGAAAAUGUUAUUAAACCUACGGAAGAAGAUGUGGACAUGGAAGUGGGAGAGAUACGGGAAACCAAGUAAGAAUUUAUUAUUAUUAUGAGAUUAUAAUUUUAGGGAGGAGAUAGACUACGAAUUGUACAAGAAGUUCUGGGGACUCCAAGCGUAUUUUGUGAAUCCGGUCCAGAUAUUCCACAAAGAGCCUUGGAAAACGUUCGAUAGCGUGAGUUUGGGAUACUAUCCCAUAUAUUACAUCAUACAUUAUAUUUCAAUGGGUUUAUGUUAGAACAGCAAUUUUAUUAGAAUCUAUUUUUUUCAGAGUCUGUCCAGUAUCCUCGACGUUUUUACCUCGCAAAAAGUGGAUAAAAUAAAUUCAAAUGAACAUGAGAAGGGAUCACAAGACCAAGCAUGGUUCUCGGCGAAAUAUCUGACCAGUAAUAAAGUAAGUUAUAAUAAGUGAAAUAAAAAAUAAAUUAUUGAUGUUUUAGCUCUUUUUACUACAAUUGAACGACUCACAGUUCCGGAGAUAUUUCCUGACUCAAUGUUUGGUCACAUUCGAAUUUCUGACCAAUAAUACGAAGACCAAAGAGUAAGUGUUUUGUCAUUAAAAGAUUUUGUUACAUCUUUAGUCGAUUAAAUGCAGAUCAGGAGAAGUUAGUAAAGGAGUAUACAGACAAAGCCUACGCUUUAUUGAAGGAGACCUACCCAAAUGGAAGUCAUUUUGCCAAAAGUGUGAAGAAAGUCCUGCAGAAUGAUAGGCAAUGGGCCCAAUGGAAAUCAGAGACAUGUCCCAAUCUUCUGAAUGAUCUCAAGCCAAAUGUUUUAAAGUUAAAUGGAUUCAAACCGUAGGUUUUUGGUUAAAACGAAUUAAAUUUAUUUUCCUUUCAUAUUUUUUAUUUUUUAGUAUUGUAUUCAUUAUGUAGUUUGAUUGUUUUCAGACGACCACUAAAUUUAUUUGUGUCGGGGGUCGUUGACCUCGGGAACCCAGAGCUGACUAGAUUGUGGAAUGUCGGCGCUGAUAAUAUUAGUUCUUGUCAGAGCGAUGAGAGGUAAGUUAAUGUAGAAACUGGAGUACCAGUGAUUUAAUUUUUGUUGAUUAAAAUUGGUUUUAUUAUUUUUUUCAUUUAGAAUCUUUAUUCCAAAUUUGGAGCGUGUAGCCGAGGACGCCUUGGAUGAAUUGGACCCAGAACAACAAGUUGAAGAUGAAUAUAAAUCAGUGAAUGAUGAAAAAUACCAAUGGACAUGUAGUCGUCAUCUGUUAUGGGCAACUCCCCAAUAUCUCGCUGUAAAUCCUCCCGCAGCUGUUAACGCCAUCCAGAAGACAUCGGAAUAUCUAUCGUCCGCUUUGAUUAAUAUUUGCGAUGAAUUUCCGGUAAGUUUAGGAGUCUAAUCUAAUUCAUUGUACUUUGAAAUAUGUAAUCUCUGAAACUUUUGAUUUCAGAGGCUAAAAGAGAGAGCAAAGGCAAUCUCAACCCAAUUAAAAGAACUCGACAUCAAGAAUAAGGAAGCUGAAGAACAGAAGAAGAAAGAGGAAGAGAUGAAGAAAAAAGAAGAGGAAAUCAUAAAGGAAGAGGAGGAGAAAAAGGCCCGGGAGGCUGCGCUCAUUGCAAAGGCCAAACGGGAAGAACAGCGGAAAAAGGAAAUUGAUGUAGGUGCAAAAAUAAUAUUACAGUAGAACAGGGAGAAUAUAUGCUUGACCAUGUAUCGUGCUUUUAGGAGUUACCAGUAUCAGGCCCAGCGACACCUCCGAAUCUCCAUAAAAAGCCUGAAGUCCCAUUGAAAAGAGCAAACUCAGAUGUAAAAGGAUCUCCGAUUGAACCAAAAAAACCAAAAAGUGAUAAAAGUUCGAAGAAAAGGGAUGAAAAACGAUCAGAGAGGUCAUCAUCAAGGUCCAAACGAUGA